CCGCCCGGAUGGCGAGCCUCGCCGCGCUCGCCCUCAGCCUGCUCCUCCGGCUGCAGCUGCCGCCGCUGCCCGGCGCCGGGGCACAGAGCGCCGCAGGCGGCUGUUCCUUUGAUGAACACUACAGCAACUGUGGUUAUAGCGUGGCCCUGGGGACCAAUGGGUUUACCUGGGAACAGAUUAACACGUGGGAGAAACCAAUGCUGGACCCAGCAGUGCCUACAGGAUCCUUCAUGAUGGUGAACAGCUCAGGGAGGGCCUCUGGCCAGAAGGCCCACCUUCUCCUGCCGACCCUGAAGGAGAAUGACACCCACUGCAUCGAUUUCCAUUACUACUUCUCCAGCCGCGACAGGUCCAGCCCGGGGGCCUUGAAUGUGUAUGUGAAGGUGAACGGCGGGCCCCAGGGGAACCCUGUGUGGAAUGUGUCCGGGGUCGUCACCGAGGGCUGGGUGAAGGCAGAGCUUGCCAUCAGCACCUUCUGGCCACAUUUCUACCAGGUGAUAUUUGAAUCCGUCUCUUUGAAGGGUCAUCCUGGCUACAUCGCUGUGGACGAGGUCCGGGUCCUCGCUCAUCCAUGCAGAAAAGCACCUCACUUUCUGCGGCUCCAAAAUGUCGAGGUGAACGUGGGGCAGAAUGCCACGUUUCAGUGCAUUGCUGGCGGGAAGUGGUCUCAGCAUGACAAACUUUGGCUCCAGCAGUGGAAUGGCAGGGAUACGGCCCUCAUGGUCACCCGCGUGGUCAACCACAGGCGCUUCUCGGCCACCGUCAGCGUGGCAGACACUGCCCAGCGAAGCGUAAGCAAGUACCGCUGUGUGAUCCGCUCCGAUGGUGGCUCCGGUGUGUCCAACUACGCCGAGCUGAUUGUGAAAGAGCCUCCGACACCAAUUGCCCCCCCAGAGCUGCUGGCUGUGGGGGCCACAUACCUGUGGAUCAAGCCAAAUGCCAACUCCAUCAUUGGGGACGGCCCCAUCAUCCUGAAGGAGGUGGAAUAUCGCACCACCACGGGCACCUGGGCCGAGACCCACAUAGUUGACUCUCCCAACUAUAAGCUGUGGCAUCUGGACCCUGAUGUGGAGUAUGAGAUCCGGGUGCUACUCACACGACCAGGGGAGGGAGGCACGGGACCGCCAGGGCCUCCGCUCACCACCAGGACCAAGUGUGCAGAUCCAGUGCACGGCCCACAGAAUGUGGAGAUUGUGGACAUUAGAGCCCGGCAGCUGACCCUGCAGUGGGAGCCCUUUGGCUAUGCGGUGACCCGCUGCCACAGCUACAACCUCACGGUGCAGUACCAGUACGUGUUCAACCAGCAGCAGUAUGAGGCUGAGGAGGUCAUCCAGACAUCUUCCCACUAUACCCUGCGUGGCCUGCGCCCAUUCAUGACCAUCCGGCUGAGGCUGCUGCUGUCCAACCCGGAGGGCCGGAUGGAGAGUGAGGAGCUGGUGGUGCAGACGGAGGAGGACGUUCCAGGAGCUGUUCCUCUAGAAUCCAUCCAAGGGGGGCCCUUUGAGGAGAAGAUCUACAUCCAGUGGAAACCUCCCAAUGAGACCAAUGGGGUCAUCACACUCUAUGAGAUCAACUACAAGGCUGUUGGCUCCCUGGACCCGAGUGCCGACCUCUCCAGCCAGAGGGGGAAGGUGUUCAAACUCCGGAAUGAAACACACCACCUCUUUGUGGGUCUGUACCCAGGGACCACCUACUCCUUCACCAUCAAGGCCAGCACAGCAAAGGGCUUUGGGCCCCCUGUCACCACUAGGAUCGCCACCAAAAUCUCAGCUCCGUCGAUGCCUGAAUAUGACACAGACACCCCACUGAAUGAAACGGACACGACCAUCACGGUGAUGCUGAAGCCGGCUCAGUCACGGGGAGCCCCUGUCAGUGUUUAUCAGCUGGUUGUCAAGGAGGAGAGACUUCAGAAGUCACGGAGGGCAGCUGACAUCAUUGAGUGCUUUUCAGUGCCUGUAAGCUAUAGGAAUGCCUCCAGCCUCGAUUCUUUACACUACUUUGCUGCUGAACUGAAGCCCGCCAACCUGCCUGUCACCCAGCCAUUUACAGUGGGUGACAACAAGACGUACAAUGGCUACUGGAACCCUCCUCUUUCCCCUCUGAAAAGCUACAGCAUCUACUUCCAGGCACUCAGCAAAGCAAAUGGAGAGACCAAAAUCAACUGUGUUCGUCUGGCUACGAAAGGUGCCUCCACCCAGAAUUCUAACACCGUGGAGCCAGAGAAGCAGGUAGACAACACUGUGAAGAUGGCCGGCGUGAUCGCUGGUCUCCUCAUGUUCAUCAUCAUUCUCCUGGGCGUGAUGCUCACCAUCAAAAGGAGGAAGCUGGCCAAGAAGCAGAAGGAGACACAGAGUGGAGCCCAGAGGGAGAUGGGGCCUGUGGCCUCUGCCGACAAACCUACCACCAAGCUCAAUGCCAGCCGCAACGAUGAAGGCUUCUCUAGCUCUCAGGACGUUAACGGAUUCACAGAUGGCAGCCGCGGGGAGCUGUCCCAGCCCACCCUCACAAUCCAGACUCACCCCUACCGGGCCUGCGACCCUGUGGAGAUGAGCUAUCCUCGGGACCAGUUCCAGCCCGCCAUCCGGGUGGCUGAUCUGCUGCAGCACAUUACCCAGAUGAAGAGAGGCCAGGGCUACGGGUUCAAGGAGGAAUAUGAGGCCUUACCGGAGGGGCAGACAGCUUCGUGGGACACAGCCAAAGAGGAUGAAAACCGCAAUAAGAAUCGAUACGGGAACAUAAUAUCCUAUGACCAUUCCCGAGUGAGGUUGCUGGUGUUGGAUGGAGACCCACACUCUGACUACAUCAACGCCAACUACAUUGAUGGGUACCAUCGACCUCGGCACUACAUUGCAACUCAAGGUCCAAUGCAGGAGACUGUAAAGGACUUUUGGAGAAUGAUCUGGCAGGAGAACUCGGCCAGCAUCGUCAUGGUCACAAACCUCGUGGAAGUGGGCAGGCACCCAGCGGAACACACUGUGGGAAAUGCCACUCUGGGCCGCGCGGCAUCCCCCGGAAUGGUGAAGUGUGUGCGCUACUGGCCAGAUGACACAGAGGUCUACGGAGACAUUAAAGUCACCCUGAUCGAAACAGAGCCCCUGGCAGAAUAUGUCAUACGCACCUUCACAGUCCAGAAGAAAGGCUACCACGAGAUCCGGGAGCUCCGUCUCUUCCACUUCACCAGCUGGCCCGACCACGGCGUCCCCUGCUAUGCCACCGGCCUCCUGGGCUUCGUCCGCCAGGUCAAGUUCCUCAACCCCCCCGAAGCUGGGCCCAUAGUGGUCCACUGCAGUGCUGGAGCUGGGAGGACUGGUUGCUUCAUUGCCAUUGACACCAUGCUUGACAUGGCCGAGAAUGAAGGGGUGGUGGACAUCUUCAACUGUGUGCGCGAGCUCCGGGCCCAGAGAGUCAACCUGGUGCAGACGGAGGAACAAUACGUGUUUGUGCAUGACGCCAUCCUGGAAGCGUGCCUCUGUGGCAACACCGCCAUCCCGGUGUGCGAGUUCCGCUCUCUCUACUACAAUAUCAGCAGGCUGGACCCCCAGACCAACUCCAGCCAAAUCAAAGACGAAUUUCAGACCCUCAACAUCGUGACUCCCCGCGUCCGGCCUGAGGACUGCAGCAUUGGGCUCCUGCCCCGGAACCAUGAUAAGAAUCGGAGCCUGGAUGUCCUGCCUCUGGACCGCUGCCUGCCCUUCCUCAUCUCGGUGGAUGGAGAAUCCAGCAACUACAUCAAUGCAGCACUGAUGGAUAGCCACAAGCAGCCCGCCGCCUUUGUGGUCACCCAACACCCUCUACCCAACACCGUGGCAGACUUCUGGAGGCUGGUGUUCGAUUAUAACUGCUCCUCCGUGGUGAUGCUGAAUGAGAUGGACACUGCCCAGCUCUGUAUGCAGUACUGGCCUGAGAAGACCUCUGGAUGCUACGGGCCCAUCCAGGUGGAGUUCGUCUCCGCAGACAUCGACGAGGACAUCAUCCACAGAAUAUUCCGCAUCUGUAACAUGGCUCGGCCACAGGAUGGGUAUCGUAUAGUCCAGCACCUCCAGUACAUUGGCUGGCCCGCCUACCGGGACACACCCCCCUCCAAGCGCUCUCUGCUCAAAGUGGUCCGACGGCUGGAGAAGUGGCAGGAGCAGUAUGACGGGAGGGAGGGACGCACUGUGGUCCACUGCCUAAAUGGGGGAGGCCGCAGUGGGACCUUCUGUGCCAUCUGCAGCGUGUGCGAGAUGAUCCAGCAGCAGAACAUCAUUGACGUGUUCCACAUCGUGAAAACAUUGCGCAACAACAAAUCCAACAUGGUAGAGACCCUGGAACAGUAUAAAUUUGUAUACGAGGUGGCACUGGAAUAUUUAAGCUCCUUUUAGCCUGAUGGGAUGGGGAACCUGCCGGAGUCCAGAACCUGCUGCAGCCAAGCCCCCUUUUCUGUGAGCGGCAGUGACUGGGCCCAGGGACUGAGAGGCGACACCCUGCCCAACUCCAAGGAGAAGACUUGUGGUCCCGUGUUCUGUGGUGGGCUCUGCACCUUCUGGGGGGGGGGUCUCCUGUAGCUGUGGGAGAUGCUGUUCUGAAAGGCCAAGGUUUCGGUUCCACACCCAGCCAGCCACAGCCACGGUCCAUGCAGAAGUGCACCCACAGCAAGGCCCCAGAUUUUUCGGUUCCUAGACCUCUUGCUUUUGCUCUUUUCAAGUGUGUGAAUUUCAUGGCAGGCCAACUGCGUGGUGCUGGGGAGUGGCAGGCUCGGCAGCACCUCCCUGUCCUGCUUGUCCUUGAGAGUGGAGGGGAUGUGUGUUCUCUCCCACGCUGUUAUGGAAAUGGUUGAGUUCUUGAGGUCCCUGCUCUGCUGCCCCCUGCAAUCUCCUUCAGGGGCCUCUGGCACUGGACACCUGCCAGUCUGGAUCAGUGUGACCUCAGGAUGCUCCCAAGACCACAGCAGAGGUCCCCGUCCUCACACCUAACCUGCAUGGGGCUUGGCCCACUACCAUUCUCUACCCCUCCCCCAGCCUGGGUCUUGACCUGCUGUCAUUCACUGGCCAGCCCGCUGUGUCCACAGCACCCUUCAAUAAAGGUUUUCUUUGCUUUUCUGUGGUCAGUGGGAGGGGGUGGCACUGCAGGGAACUUUCCUGCUCCUCCUUGUCUUUGUGAAAAGGGACCACCUCCCUGGGGCAGGGCUCUGGCUGACCCUGUGUCUCUUCGGUGGUGGCUCCUUUUGGAGGGAUGAACAACAUAAGAGUUGAUUAUUUUCCAAAGUGUAUGUGAGAAGAAACUUUCUUUGGGGGAGUGUAAAAUCUUAGUCUCUUAUGUAAAAAAACAAAAAAGGUGGGGAGAGAAUUCAGAUGUGUAGCUGUAAAACAAAUCUCUUUCCUGACAAUGUCCUUAAAAGGUCCCACCUUGGGAGAGCACAGCCAUUGAGCAAGGGAGAGAUGGCCUAGUCUGAAGAUGGUCCCUUUGGUUUCUAGAGCAGAUAGAGUACCAGCUUUGUGCAUAAUCUUGGAUCCGCAAAUUCCAAUUCCUUCCUGGAGAUCCCAGCUGCCAUCUUGAAAAAGGUCAUUGUGGACCCAGUUAUGCUUUGGUUUAAAACAGGCCAAAGGGAUCAGAAGAUCUAGGGUCUUGCCCAUAAUGUAGGUGAAUAAAUGAAAGGGAACCAACAUUUGCUAAGCAUCUACUGUAUGCCAAGCUUGGCACAUUCCAUAUGACAUCUCAUGCAACCUUAGAAUCCCCAUGAGCCAGCUAUUAACCUGUUAUCUCCACUUUACAAACUGAGGCAUUCUCCUCAGUGAUGAAAUUCUGGGUUCCAAAAAGACAGAUAAUGAUGUUGAGACUUAUUUGUACUGUUUUCUUCAUCCUUCCUCAGCCAAGCAAUUAUUUUAUGGAGAGAAAAUAAGGCCAGAAACUCUGAGCAGAGAACUCCAUAAUGGAAAUUUAAUUCUUUGUUUCUGAUGCCAGUUCUUCUGGGAAGCCCAGAAUUUCAGAUAUGUUUUAGUAACUCAUUCUCAGCUCCCCAGGAAAGCUAGUCUCAUUUAAUAUCUGAACCAGUGGAAACAAUUCCCUGUUCCCUCAGGCUAUGAGUUCUGCCAACCAGGGACACUCUCUCUACCUUGGUCUCUAGCUGGCUCUUAGGUACAAUAUCUGGCAGCCUCGGGGUGGCCUGGGAUGGAGCAAUCUCCAUCUCGGAGGCUCAUCUAGCUCCAGACAGGUCAUGGGGAGCACAGAAUUUAAUAAGGCACAAUUUUUGCCCUCAAGAGCUCACUGUAUACUGGGUAACUUGAACCACGGUGCAGCAUGCAAGUGUUAUAGAGUCGAGGAACAUGACAGAUUCUUGCCCAGGGCUUUCUAGAGAAGGUGACAUCCAUUCCAGCUGGGUCUCAACAGGUAGAAAAAGGAAGACAAGGAAAUUCAGGCCAAGGGAUCAGUAUGUACAAUGGCAAAAAGGUGUGAGAAAUCACUGGAUGGGUGGGUUGUAUGGUGGGAGGUCAGCUCAGGUGGAGCACAGCAGACAGGAGGCGUGGCAGGAGAUGAGCAGGGUCAGGGAGAUGAACGCUCCACUGAGAGUGCAGACUUUGCCCCUGUGGGCAACAAGGAGCCAGCAGAGCCUUUGAGCGAUGGGCUCAGCCAAGCGUCAGAGAAGGCUCCCUCUGGGGGAGUGGGGCUGCCUCUUUUCCUUUCAUCAGACACUGUGAAAACACAUUCCCUUAAGUGUUUACUUUUUAAUAUCUCAUCUGUUUGUCUGUCUGCUCAUUAUUUUGUUGCUGGAACAAAAUGCAGUGGAUCAUGAGAUGCAGCUUCUAUGAGGAACUUUGGGUCUCUGCUCUACCACAGAGCAGGGUGACCAACCCAGGCCUCCAGGCCCAUGAGGACAGGACUUGAAAGGAACCCGCAGAAGCUACUCCCAUUGGCUCAGGCUCUGGAGCUAUCUGGAAGUCUAGGGAUACAGACUUGAUCAAGGAAGGGCUGUCACUUUGGAGGUUCAAAAGGAGGCAUCUCAAAGCGAAGGAAGGCAAAGGAGCCCCACGAUGAACUUGAUCUUCUCCUUUCAUGGGCCCCUUCCCAGGUAUGCUUGAGCAGGUCCCCAGGCCCCAGCCCCCAGUGGUCCUGCUGGCUUCCCCUGGCUCCAGCCCACUGUUCCAGCCAGCCUUCCCCCAGCCUUUAAGGAGCCUGUAGCAAAGCAAAUCAGCCUGUUGUAUGCUCUUCCCUCAAAUCUUGGCUCAUCCUUACAGAAUGGUAGUAGGGAGGCACUCUCUAACACAAAUCCUGGGCUUUUUUCUGUUCAGGAGGGGGUGAAAUAGCUGGCAGAUAAAAAUGACAGUGUCUUCUAUCGUUUCAAAUGGUAAGAAUUUAAAAUGUGACUUCAGGGAGAAGGAACAUUGUGAAAACUCAGGCCACGGUGGGGUAACCCAACAAGGGCCAGUGAUAGUUCCCCAGCUCAUCCCCUCAUUCCUCACAACCCAGCCACCCUCCAAAGAAGGUAGGGCAGUGAACGAGUCUUGGGCCAGUGUACACAGGAGGAAACUGAGGCUUGUGGAUGGGGAUGCCUUCCCCAGGAUCCUGCAUGGCAAGUGUGAGACAGAGCUUAGAGGAGAUAGGGCAUUGGUGCCCAGGAAUUUGGACUUAAUCUCUUCCCCGAAAAACCUUCUGAGCAAACACCACCUCCCCCAAGGUAUCUUCCCACCCCUCCCCACUUAUAGGGUGAGCUGACCUUUCACAUGCAGAGGAAAAUAGUAUUAAUGCUCUCUGAGUCUCCACAGCAAGGGCUAGCCUCUUGUCUCUUGGGUACCAAAGACAGUACCCUUACUUAGUACAGAACUUCGUGAUUCUCACCUCUUAGGUGUGGACUCUGUUUGGAGAAAAUG